GAUGCAGGCCUGUUAGCGAGGGAAGCCAGUUUGUCCAGCACAGUCUAUUUGCUGCGUGUGACAAGCGCCUGUGGUAUGUGUCACUGUUAGAGCUGAGAGCUAUUCCAGGCAUUGCACAGGGGCUUGUCCGCUCGUUUCCAAGGAAAAGGGCCCUGCAGCUCCCGGGUAGCCCGGGCCAGUUAUGGGUAACACUGCAAGUGACCGCAUUUCUGGAGAUCGGCAUGGCAAGUCCCACCGUGCAGAUGGAGCAACUGGGGGACACUCAACAAAGGAGCAUGAGGAAAACAAAAUCAUGGUCGGAAGCACAGAUGACCCAAAUAUCUUUAGCACUCAAGAAUCCAAGCACCCUAGUGACUCAACAUGGCCCCAGGACUCAGAGGAUCCUGGGAAAUCAUAUCAGCAGGGUCGUCCUACUGUAAUCCGUUGGACAGAAAGUGGAAAAGAAGUCUUCAUAUCUGGGUCAUUCAACAACUGGACUGCCAAAAUCCCACUGAUUAAAAGCCACAAUGACUUUGUUGCCAUUUUGGACCUUCCAGAGGGAGAGCAUCAGUACAAGUUUUUUGUGGAUGGGCAAUGGGUACAUGACCCUUCUGAGCCUGUGGUCACCAGCCAGCUUGGUACAAUCAACAACUUGAUCCAUGUUAAAAAGUCGGAUUUUGAAGUAUUUGAUGCUUUAAAACUGGAUUCAAUGGAAAGUUCUGACACAUCAGCUAGAGACUUGUCAAGUUCCCCCCCUGGACUUUAUGGCCAAGAGUUAUAUGCCUACAAGCCAGAAGAACGAUUUAAAUCACCUCCUAUCCUUCCUCCCCAUCUUCUCCAAGUUAUACUUAACAAAGAUACCAACAUCUCUUGUGAUCCUGCGCUCCUUCCAGAACCCAAUCACGUCAUGCUAAACCACCUGUAUGCUUUGUCAAUAAAGGAUGGGAUAAUGGUUCUUAGUGCGACCCAUCGCUAUAAGAAGAAGUAUGUCACCACUUUACUGUACAAGCCAAUUUAGAUAGAGGCAUCCUGCCUGUGUGUGUGAAAUAAAAAUGGACUGUACAUACCGUAUGGAUGAACAGGCUGAACCACUGGCUUACACUUGGCAAGUGUUUGUGGUCCAUCGUAUAAAUAUGGUGGACUUAGCAGGGUGUUCUUGGACAGGAAGAAACGGUAUUUGCAUUGUCUGCAUUCCUUCCUGUAUCACAAUAAGCAGUCACAUAAUAAUUUGCACCACUGACCGUUUUAUACUGACACUGACUUUAAAUGCAAGUACACUUUAGAAACUAGCAGAACAAGGACCCGAUGAGUAUGUUAAAUACAAGAAACAGGAAUAAAUUGAGGGUAGGAUCGGCUUAAGUCUUUCCUGGAAUCGUGAAUGGCACAUUGUUUGCUUUCUUCUUCUAUUGGUAUCUUGAACCAAAAUAUCCAGAAGAAAGCAUAAAUGGAAAGAUUAACAUCUAAACAUGUUCUAUAACAUUUUCAUGUAUGACUCUAACAAGUGUUAAUACUUAUACAUAGUGUUACAGUGUUAUCUUGCAAAGUAGAACAAACACCACUCACAUAAGUAUGUUAUAAAUGAAUAAAUAUGUCUGUAUCUGAGAAUGUAUUUGCUUAUACACUGUCCUUUCACGUGUUACAAAACAGUUCUGAGAAUGGUCAGUCUUAGAUCUAACAUUCUUAGUACUGUGGCUUGGUAUGAUAGUUUUAAAGUGGACCUGUCACCUACACAUAAAAAGCUGUAUAAUGAAAGUCCUUUGCAAAUUAAACAUGAAACCCUAAUUCUUUUUUUCUUUAAAAC